AUGCCCUCUCGGAAGUUCUCUCGCCAAUCCUCUACAACGGUUCCCACGCUUCCCCAAGAGCUGCAGAGCGUGGUACCAUCAUGCGCACAUUCUUGUCUUUCAACAUACAUAUCUCAAGGGUACGAGGAUACCAGUGCUUGCUCGAAUGGCGACCUCUCCUGCUUGUGCUCGAGUUACAGCUCAUAUGGCUUGACCCUGGGAGAGCUCGGCCUCAUUUGCCUCCAAACCAGCGGUUGUGGCCCAGCAAGCCGACAAGAAGAAGAGCAACAGGCAGUUUUCGGCAUCUGCUCAGGACAGAGCAAUGCUGCUCAGGCAACCCACACAGUCCUCAGCCCACCCGCAACCACGCAAUCCAGCUCGACACGUACAAUCUCAACGGAAUCUCCAUCUGCAACGACGACUAGCGCAAGCAUCCAACCCAAUGUAGGACAUUCAACGCAGCAACCGAAAUCGACGUCCUCGUCCGUUGCAGCAUCAAGCUCAAGUUCUAGCGAUGCCUCAACAAAUGGUCUCACGAGUGCUCAGGUCAUUGGCAUAUCAAUAGCGGCGGUCGGAUUCGUUGUGCUUGCAAUCGCCUUCGCAUACAUUAUGGCUUGCGUCAGACGACGUCGCAAAUCUUCCGAGCCCGAAGACCUUAAGCAUUGGGAUGGGUUCGCAGACGACAAGACGCCACACAAAUCCUGGUUCACAUUUCCUGACUCCAGACAUCAUCAUGACACCGCUGAAGCGCCCCAAGAGAUACCCACUUAUGAGACGGGCGGAGAGCCAUGGCAAUCUCAGCAUUAUGAGAGUCGCGAGAAAGCAACCGCCCCAAGGAAGUCCAUGUCACGGGACAGUCUUCGAAGCAGCAGCAGCAUCAGAACCGUCUCGCGUCUUCUACCAGAGAAACCAUCUAGAAUCCACCCACAGCCCCAAAGAACGUUAGCAGAGCCAGUGACGGUGCAAACUCCAGCGACGAUCUUUGAGGAAGAUAGGUGCUCCAUAGUACAACGCCCCAUUCCCAGYCUUCCAAAGAAUCCACGACAGCCACAAUACGCUCAUCAAUUCACCAAACCUCCAGAAGCGGCACUGCAGCCAUCGCUGUCCUUGGAAAUACCUCGACAGGCAACGCGAUCCGGUGCGAUAGAGGCUGUUACAAAGUUCCCAAAUCCUCGAGAAAACACAUUCGCAUCCACAUCAAGACCAUUCUACGAGACUCCACAAGCUGCUUCCAGCACGAAUAGCUUCUUGAACUAUUACGAAGGCCCAGACAGUGGUUCGCCCGAGGAUUUCUAUCCUUAUACACCCAUAGACGAGCAUUCGCAGGUCCGAAGAGCUGCUCCGGCAGCCAUUGUGAUUACCAAGCCCACCUUUCCGCCAGUAGCCGUGCGGACGUCGAUGGCUUCGGACAUGUCACGACGAACGUCGUUUGAAAGCACAGAUCCAGACGAGCCUACUCCGCCUGGUGAAGCGGAUGAAGGUGACAAGCGACUCACACCAGUGGCAGAAUCUCCCAUCGCAAGCAUCAGAUACCCCAAGAUUCCGAGGGGUAGCAACCAGACGGUUCCCAGAUCACCUCCUCAACCACAAUACAGGCACAAAGAUCAACUGUGGCCGGCUCCCAUCGUCGUGCAGCGUAGGAAUCACGGAGACAAUGACCCMGUCACACCAGCUGACCGUAGGAUGAACGCACACAGUCCAUCACUCAGCGGUUCAACUCUGGCGGCGAAGCGGGUUGGUCAUCAUGCUGCCCACAGUCUUGAGAAAGGCCUACGUAUCACGCCAUCUGGAACCCCUCCGCAGGAUCGUCGCCAGCCUCCGAGAGGAUAUGGGAACGGCGCACGUAAUCAGAGCCCUGGGAACUGGCCUUUGCCCUCUCAGGAGCCGUUGAAAAGCCCGCUCUGGGAGCCAAAGCUGACUCCUAGGAGGAUGGGAGGAGAUCUAUAUCUGUCGGUUUCGGUUGCCACGCCGAAGAACGCCCACUUUUUCGAGCGGUAG